AUGGCAUAUAACCGACAGGUUGAGGCCUUCAGAGAAGAAGAAUACCCUAUGAUGAAGGGGAAAACUUAUCUUGACCAUGCGGGCACAACUAUCUAUGCGAAGUCUCUAAUUGACAAAUUUUCCAAAGAGAUGGUGGAAAAUCUCUUUGGAAAUCCACACUCGGCAUCAGCCCCAGCGCAACUUUCGGGGCAUGUCGUCGACUCCGUGCGUGAAAAGGCAUUGAGAUUUCUUGGGGCCGAUCCUACUCAUUUUGACCUCGUCUUCACUGCAAAUGCUACCGCAGCGAUCAAAUUGGUCGCAGAAAGCUUUAGAGACUUGGCGCUAGAGAGUUCGACGUCGGGAUCAUUUUGGUACGGCUAUCAUAAAGAUGCUCAUACGAGUCUCGUUGGUCCGCGAGAACAUACCAAUGGACAGCAUCACUGCUUCACAAGCGACCAAGAAGUAGAGGACUGGCUACUUGGCUACAGAUCUCUUCCAGGAAGAAGGGAAGAUGAUGAAACGCCAGGAAUCCUUGCAUUUCCGGGGCAAUCAAAUAUGACUGGUCGUCGACUACCUCUCUCCUGGAGUAAAAAAUUACGGGGGUCGACUCGCAUUUCACAUCAGAAUACCUAUUCUCUCUUAGACGCUGCAGGCCUUGCGACAACAACUCAGCUUGACUUCAGUGAUCCCGACGCGUCUCCUGAUUUUACCGUCCUUUCGUUUUACAAAAUAUUUGGCUUCCCCGAUCUAGGAGCUCUGAUAGUUCGCAGGAAUUCGGCACAUAUCCUAACUUGGCGUAAGUACUUCGGCGGCGGUACAGUAUCGUCUCUAACGGUAAUACAUGAGGCAUCUUACCACAGGAAAGAUGCCACGAUUCAUGACGGAUUAGAAGAUGGUACAUUACCAUUUCAUUCGAUUAUCGCACUGGGGUGUGCCAUUGAUGUGCACCUUAGCCUUUAUGGCUCAAUGAUCAACAUAUCCAAGCAUACGAUGUUCCUCACUCGGCGCCUCUACGAAGGCCUAUCAAACAUUCGCCACUCUAAUGGUCUGCCUGUUUGCGAAAUAUACCAUGACGCAACUAAUGUCCGCCCUUACACAGACGCCACCACCCAGGGUGCUACUGUAGCAUUCAAUAUUCUACGGUCGGACGGUAGUUACGUGUCGUAUUCAACAGUAGAACAAUUAGCCAACCGGAAAGACAUAUACGUAAGAGCUGGUGGGCUUUGCAACCCUGGAGGCAUCGCAAGUUAUCUCAAGGUAGCACCUUGGCACUUCAAGCGAGCUUGGUCAGCUGGUCAUCGCUGUAGCGAAUCUGACAACACGGAGAUAAUCAAUGGAAAGCCUACGGGCGUGGUGCGAGCCAGUCUGGGAGCCAUGUCGAUCCUUUCCGAUGUCGAUACAUUCCUUGCAUUUAUGCUGGAAACAUUUGUUGAAGACAUAGGGCAAACUGUUAUCAUUACGGAGCAGCCGCGGAAAAAAUUGCCAAUGGUCAGAAAUCAGGGUGGUGUUGGUCCGGUUGUCGUAAAAGUACCCGGAAGUUGGCCCACUAGAGAGCCUUUUCCCAUCAACACGGGAUUGAAACAGAACUCGAGGGAACAGCCGCUAAGACGAUAUGAGAUUUUGCUAUAUCCUACAGUAUCCUGCACAUUGUUCUAG